GUGGCACUUUGUGUUGGUGCAGUGUUGUGCAGUGUGCACUCAGCCAACAUGCGGAACUAUAAAACUACCAUCUGUGUGCUUCUGUCAGUUCUUUGUGGAGCUUUUUCGAAAGAGAAAGAAGCUUUGCUGGAGAUAUCGGAAUAUCAGGAUGCCACUAUCCCUUUGGAUAUGAAAAGCACAGACAUUCAAUUGAUUCCUAUUAAUUCUGUAUCCAACUCGAGAGCUUCCAGAGCAGAUUCCACUUCAGCAAAGCCUGUAGAAGGCAAUGCCACUGACAUCGUAGUAACUGCUGGGGAACCCAAGGAAACUAAGCCAAAGGAACACAUCAAUUCGACUAGACCGACUUCACACACAAUAAUCGAUCCAUUUUCCAUUAAACUACUUAGAGGAGAAACAAAUGGGAUUUCAGUAACUGACUUGGCUCGCUCUAAAUCAAUCUUGUAUUUUAACUACACACAGUCAAAAACAUAUAGUGUAGACUACCACUACGCGAAGAGAAUGGUGUUCUUCACUGCUAUGAAUGUCAUAUUUAGGGACGAGGUAGUUGGUCGUCUAACUCGAGUGAAACCUCCGUUAAUCGUUGUAUCAGCUGGAGUCGACGGUCCUGUCAGACUGGCUGUAGACUGGGUCCAUGACAGACUGUACUGGCUGUCAGACAAACACCAGACUGUAGAGUCGGCCAGUCUAGACGGCGCCAACAGAACCUUGCUGUUUGACAACGUCCAGAACAUCACGUUCCCCAACAACCUAGCAGUGGACCCCUACGCGGGGUACCUGUUUCUGGUGAGCAACCACUCCGUGUUCCGAGCAGAUCUGGAUGGAGCCAACCUGACACGUUUACAACUCCCAGCAGAAGACACCAGAGGAGUCAAGUGUCUGGCGUUGGACCUCCGACAGCGCCGGGUCUACUAUAGUGGCAAGGAGGGAAACCCACUGUCUGGCACCCCUUACAUUGCAUCCUGCAACUAUGAGGGUGGUGAAGGUCGAGACCAUCCCCUGGCUUACAAAUGGAACGAUAUAUUUGCUUUGGACGUGUUCCGGGACACACUGUACUUCGCUAGCUACAGACCAAAGCUGCCGGAUAAGUUAUACAGUGUGGACCUUACGAAGACAAAACUGACACCUAAAUAUCUACAGACUGUUGAUACUACGAAUGGGGAUCUAUGGAGUAUAAGAAUUUAUCAUCCCGGAGUUCAGCAGGACCCUAGAGGCAAAAACUGUUCCGAUGGCAACCUAAACGAGAAACUUGGAGCAUAAAACUAGUUCAAAGCUUUACCUUACACUACAAACUUACGAAAAUAUAAAGUUAUACACUCGCACAUUGCUACUUAUACAGCUGAAUAUUCAUUAAAUGUGUUGAAUUUCACAUGCACCAUUGACAGUUUUCGUUUUACAUGAUUUAAAAUAAUGUAUAUUAAUAGCAUGCUUUUUCCUAAUUUUGAUGCUCAUCUUCAAGAAGAAGUGUUAACAUUGGUUUCAAUAAAUUAAGAACUGCACCAAUAUAAAAAAUAUAUUUUUAUGAUGCCAGAAUAGCUGGGGGAAGGCACUAUAAGAAAUUAUAAA